AUACCAAGAGCUGACACACCGCUUCAUCAAGAAAUUGGUCCUAUUCUACCUGACAUCUUUCCGGGUUUAACACCAGAUCUCGAGUCAUUUCUUGCUACUCAUCCUCGAACAUUGUACUUUGCACUUGGGACUAAUGUAUUAAUACCUCCUCAAAGUGUUAUUACCCUUUCAAAAUCUUUUCUUGAAUUAAUUAAACAAGAUGUUAUUGAUGGUGUGAUAUGGUCUACUGGAAGAACGGAUGUCACGGAUUCUUUUCAAUUAGCUAAUUCUAGCUCACAGAUAUUUGAUAUAUUAAAUAAUGAACAUCCUCACAUUCAUGUCAGUAAAUUUUCUCCUCAAUUCGCUAUAUUAUCUCAUGAAAAUACCAAAGUAUUUUUAAGUCAUGGUGGUGCGGCUAGUAAUUAUGAAUCUAUGUAUACUGCAACUCCAAUUCUCGUACUUCCUAUAAUGGGUGAUCAACCUAGAAAUUCUGAAAAAUUAGAAUUGGCUGGUAUAGCUUUAAGAAUUUCAAAGAUGAAUUUAAAAGUUGAUGAUAUAGUAUUAAAAAUCAAAAGAUUAUUAAAUGAAGAAAGUUUUAAAAAGAAUGCUGAAAGAUUACAAUUUUUGGCUAAAGUUAAUA